CAGGAAUUGAAUUCAUCUCCUUCUGAAUCUCCCCUCCUCAAGCUCCCUUUUCGUCACUUACUUUUGAGCUUGACAACCUCUCGAUCCCACACAAGAUGAUGUCCUCAAGGGUCAUGCGGCCAGCCUUCGCUGCCGCCCGUCGCACAGCUCCCCGAACAGCUAUCCGAACCUACGCUGCUCCUGCAGGUGCCGACACCAAGCCUCCCGUCCCUCUGUUCGGUGUCGAUGGAACAUAUGCGAACGCUUUGUACACGGCCGCCGCCAAACAAAACGUGCUCGACCCGACCUCGAAAGCCAUCGCCAGCCUUUUCCAGAUCCUCAAGUCCGACCCGAAACUGCAGACCAUCAUCGCGGCACCCACGCUGUCCGAUUCCGACAAGUCCCAGAUCGUCGCCGAACUCGAGAAGCACACCGGUGGCGUCGACAAGACCGGCACCGUCAAGAACUUUUUGUCCGCCCUGGCCGAGAACAAUCGUCUCGGUCUGCUCGAGGGCGUGUGUGAGAAGUUUGGCACCCUGAUGAGCGCCGCCAAGGGAGAGGUGGAAUUGACCGUCACGAGUGCAAGCAAACUCGACGAUAAACUACUCAAGCGUCUCGAAGCAGCCAUCGCCAAGUCCGAAUACAGCCAAGGCAAGAAGCUCAAGACCGUGACGCAUGUCAACCCAGAUAUCCUCGGCGGUCUCGUGGUCGAAAUCGGCGAACGCACCAUCGAUCUGAGCGUGUCCAGCAAGAUCUCCAAGAUGAACAAGAUGCUCACCGAUACCGUGUAAAACAAAAAGAAACAGAAGGAGAAAUUUUGGAGAUGGGUCACAAGGGGGCCAGCAGAAGUGACUUUGAGUGGACGACAUGCCAACAAAAUAGAUCAGGCGGAGAAAUAUAUUCUCGGUGUGGUUGUUGUGUUCCCCAGCUCAUACAGCCAAGGCCCUCUUGUUGGGGGGUACUGCUGGUCUUGUAUGGAAGGAGAAGAGGUGAUGUGUAUAUAAAAAAACUCAUCAAUUCAUGCAUCAUUGAAACCUUGUCCAAGUCAAUCAAGUGAACGUGUUUUGAUGACAAAAGGACCCAAUCACUGACUCUGAUAAGUUACCAACUUACGUAUUACGCCACUCUCUCUCUCUUUUCCUCUCGCUCGCGGUCUCUUCACCGCUUGCAAAAGAAAUCGAAUUGCACGAGAAAAAAGUACUCCUUUUGACACUUCGUGGGUAGAGA